AUGACAAUUCACAACGUAUCGUUGUUUACCACAAUUUUCAAUAUCUUCAAGUUUUGUGUCCUUUACAUCACUAGCUCAUUGGGUAUUAGCCUUGAACGCUUCAUAAAGUGCAGAAAAGUUAAAAACAUUAAUGAUAUAGUAUCAGAAUAUGGAUACAGAGCGCGAGAUCACGUUGUCACAACAAAAGAUGGCUAUUUAUUGGUAAUUCACAAGUUGGAGAAAUUGCACAAUGUUACUGAUCACCAUUCGUCCUCGGGACAAAUCGUUUAUUUCCAUCAUGGCUUGAUGACAAACUCCGAGUUAUGGGUAUUGGGCAGUUCGAAAGAAAAAUUCCUACCCUUUUUGCUUGUUGAUCUUGGCUAUGAAGUUUGGUUGGGCAACAACCGAGGCAACAAAUACUCCAAAAAACAUUUGAAAUUGUCAUCUGCAAGUCCUGAAUUUUGGGACUUUUCGCUCGAUGAAUUGGCAUAUUUUGAUGUACCAGAUAGUCUAAAAUAUAUUCAAGAUUUUUACAAGUACAAGCGUAAUGGCCAGUAUGUGGAUCAGGUGCAGGAGUAUUUGAAUCGAAAUCUAAAUCAAGACCCUCAUGGCAAUGGCAACGGAAAUGGAAAUGGUAAUUGCGAUAACGACAGUGGUGGUGAAUUUCUGGAGGAGAGUACACAGUCUUCAACACCAUUACCACAACACCUCAACUCCAGUUCAACAACAACUUUGGUAUCCAAUAGUGUGGCUGGCCAUGGUCAUUCUCGAGAUAUCAUCUAUAUCGGGUUCUCGCAAGGGUGUUCGCAAUUGCUCGCGAGUCUUGGUCUUUACCCAAGUCUUAAUGGUACAAUUAAACUAUUUGUUGGAUUAUCGCCGGCGAUUAUACCUAAACAGCUGCCAAAUUCCAUCGUUCGUUUAAUCACAGACCAGACAGCUGCAGAUAAUACGUUUCUUUACAGCUUUUUCGGCCAACGAGCAAUUCUCCCUAGUGUUCCAUUUUGGGCUACUAUAUUUGGGGCUCGUCUCCAUGGAAAAAUUAUUGAUAAAGCGGUGCAGAUCUUGUUUGGUUGGACGGGCGAUAAUAUCAGUCAAGGCCAAAAGAUGAAAGGUUACCCUCAACUCUUUUCAAACACUUCGGUAAAAACCAUAGUUCAUUGGUAUCAGAUUGUCAAGUCCGGUUAUUUUCAAAUGUUUGAUGAAACUGGUUCGUGUGGGUUAACAGGAUUAUCAUCGAUAUCGGCAGAUUGUAGACAAAAGGGAACCAGAGUUACACCUUUCCCCAUAAGUGACCAUUUGGAUGUACCCAUGAUGUUGUUUUUUGGAGAUAAGGAUAUAUUGGUCGAUGUUGAGCUGACAAAAUCAUUGAUACUUGAUAGUAAUCCAAUGAUGAACGAAAAAUUGGAAGUGGUUAAGUGCUAUGGGUAUGAGCAUAUGGAUACCCUUUGGGGCAAUGAUGUUUAUGACAAAGUGUUUUCCAAAAUUAUCGAUCGAUUAGAAAGUAAUGGCCUUCUGGAAGGUAAAUAG